GGCGAUUUCUCAACGGCUAGGUCAUUCCGGUUAAUUCGACGCGGUGCACACCACGCCUUUUGUUUACAAUGCCGAUUGCGGACUACGAGGGUUAUCUAGACCAGGACGAUGAAGUCGGUCCAGUAGACGCUGUUAUUGAUCCUGCAUGGGAACAGCAGCAGAAAAAAGUAUGUUUAGAUAACACUCAUUUCAAUGUUAGACUUUUACUGCCUGGUGCAAUGCUCAUUUGCGGAAGGCUAAUAUGUCGAUUGAUUCUAUCGAAAAUGACUUUCGGGAUGGGCUUAAGUUGAUGCGUUUACUGGAAGUCAUUUCUGGAGAGUCUCUUCCAAAACCGGACAGAGGAAAAAUGCGUUUCCACAAAAUCGCGAACGUCAACAAGGCACUUGAUUUUAUUGUGAGCAAAGGCGUGAAACUUGUUUCUAUCGGCGCGGAGGGUUUGUUCAUAAUCUAAUUGCACAAAUGGCUUUAGAAAUCGUCGACGGCAAUGUGAAGAUGACUUUGGGCAUGAUAUGGACCAUCAUUUUGCGUUUCGCUAUCCAAGAUAUCCAAAUCGAAGGUAUCAUUCACCCAUUUCCUUAACAUGGUCGAUAGAUUCUUCUGCAAAGGAGGGACUUUUGUUGUGGUGUCAAAGACAGACGGCUCCUUACAAAAAUGUGAAGGUUGAUAAUUUCCAUACUAGAGCAACGCACUUCACAACUUGAACUAUGCCUUUGAUGUUGCGGAACAUCAUCUCGAUAUUCCACGUAUGUUGGACCCUGCAGGUACAUUGUUCGAUGGUACUCACAAGCCCUGUUAGAUAUGGUGAACAGCAUCAAACCGGAUGAGCGUUCUGUCAUGGCAUACGUUUCCAUGUACUAUCACAAGUUUGCUGGUGCAAGCAAGGCAACUAUGGCUGCUAACCGAAUUGCUAAUCUGCUGAAGGAACAAAGGGAAAAUGCCAGAUUGAUAGAAGAAUAUGAAACAAUUUCAAGUAACUUGUUGAAUUGGAUCAUGGCGAAAUUGAAACACUUUUCCGUACGUAAUCCCCAACAAACGGUGGCGUCAGUAGAACACUUACAAUCUGAAUCUCGAGUUUAUCGUCGCGAGGAAAAACCAAGCAAAUUACAGGAUAAAGCACUUCUUGAGACAACCUACAAUACUCUUCAAACGCGCCUGCGUUUAAGCAAACGACCCGCCUAUGUUCCAUCUGUGGACAAAUACAUUUCCGCCAUCGGAGCUAGAUGGGACGAACUAGAGAAGGCAGAUCGAACCUAUGAGGAAUGGCUAUUAGAAGAGUUGCAACGCGUGAGACGUGUGGAAUAUCUGAUAAAGAAAUUCGAGAUCCGCUGUUCUACUCACGAGGCCUGGGCCAAAGGCAAACCCCAAGCGUUAAGUGGUGACGCCCAUCUAAAGUGCACCCUACCAGAACUACGUGCACUAAUGAAACGUCAUGAGGCCUUCCAGUCGGAGUUGGCAGCCAACGACGAUCGUGUUGAACGUAUUGGUGCACUUGCUGAUGAACUCGGCAAACUGCACUAUCAUAAUAUGAGUGCAGUGACACAUCGGUACAGUGAAAUCGUGAAGGUGACGGAUGAAUUAAAACGCCUGUCUGACACUCGUGAGCGAGAACUCGCAAGAUUACUCCCAGUCUUGGAGAAGAUUGAUCAGCUGCAAUUCGACUUUGCCAAGAGAGCCGCACCGUUCAAAAAUUGGAUGGAACAAACGGAAGAAGACCUACGUGAUACGCCAAUUGUACACACUAUGGCCGAGGUUCAGGAGUUAACUGAACGCUGGGCAGUCAUCAAAGAUUUGGCGAAGAAGCGCAGUGAGAUCUUGCGAGAGGAAGAAUUGCGCCAGGUGAAUAAUGAUAAAUUGCGGCGGCAGUUCACCGAGAAGGCUACAGAAUUCGAUAAGUGGCUUCAGCAGCAAAAGUCGAAUCUCGCCCGCAACGCAAUGGAAGCCCGUGGAUCGCUAGAGAAACAACGUGAUGAACUAAAGAACAUGGAGGUUGAAAUUGGGAAGCACAAGCGUAUGCUGGAUGAAUUAGAACAGUGCAAUCAAGCCCUUGAAGAUGCUUACGUCUUUGAUAACCUAAACACAUCUUUGUCGAUGCCGACGUUGCGGGUAGCGUGGGAGCAGUUGUUCACUUCCCUGCAUCAUUCUGUCAACGUUAUCGAGAAUCAGAUACUCACCAGAGAUUCGAAAGGUCUGACUGCGGAACAAAUGGCCGAUUUACGCACCUGCUUCAGUCAUUUCGAUAAGAACGGUACCGGACGCUUGGAGGCACCCGAGUUCAAGGCUUGUCUAGUCUCGCUUGGCCAUAGCUUUGGGGAUGAUCCCAGAGGGGGCGAAUCAGACUUUUCGCGGACCAUGCAGCAAGUUGACCCAGGACACAAGGGCUAUGUUACGUUUGAUAGUUUCCUCAAUUUCGUCACACGGGAGAAUGCUGACGAGGACACUGCUGAACAGAUCACUCAGUCAUUCAAGGUACUUUCCGGAGACAAGGGCUAUGUAACGGCAGAUGACCUGAGGCGCUAUUUGCCACCGGACGAUGCUGAGUACUGUAUCAAACGGAUGAUGCGUGCCUCUGGUCCCCAUGGGGAUUCCGGUGCACUUAAUUAUGAGCAAUUCACACUGGAGAUUUACGGGUCGCAGAAGCCGAAAUAAGUACCAAAGUCUUCGAAAGACAUUUGAGUUGUCACACUUCAGUCAUUCCUCGAUCGACUGUUUCUGGAGAUUCUUUCUCCCCUAUGUCAAGCAGCCUUAUUUCAGUCUUCCUUGCUUUUCUGUGGAAAAAGAUGGUAUUGCCUCCAACAUUUUUUACUUCUCCCUAAUUAUUUGAUACCCUUUGUUUCCACUUUGGUGCCUACGCUCAAUUUUUGCUUCGGUUAAGGGGUGUGGACCCUCAGUAUUCUUUCGUUGUGCGAGAUUUUGAACUCUUUUUCUUCAAUUACGCCGAUUAUUCUAGCCUGGUUGUAGACCUAUGAAACGCAUCCAAACUGCUGAAGUUGCUAACGCAAUUCUUCCGCUUGUCUUGUUCGCGCUACGUUCUCUUCACAAUUACGCGCUUGUCUUCGUAAGAUUUUGUCAUCGUCAGUUUUGUAUUCUCGCCGGGGACGACAUGGCGUUUGCCAUCCGACUUGGCAAGCUCAUCUUUGCUCGGUUGAUCCUUAUCUCUGCUUCUACUUAUCUUGGAGCCUGUCGAUGUUUGUGCCUGUACUUUUGGUUCGAACAUCUCAACACUGGCUCUUAUAUAUUUCUUUGCCGUUUAUCUGCACCACUCAGUCAAACACUCAUGUGCGCUAUUCUUACCUUGAGCGGACAAACAUAGAGUAUUAUGCUCCAAU